CUUCCGUGUUCAGGGACUUGUCAAGCUCUGAUUGGUUUACAUUAGCAUUAAGGUAUGAAAGUGCCUGUCCACGAGCUUUAUAUCCUCUCGUUCUCGAUUAUGUCCAUAUAGACACAACAAUGGGAUUAAUUCACGCUCUCCGCGGCUUCAUCAAAUCAUUUUUGGUCGUUCUUUUGUGGUCCAAAUGCGAGGGUCGGGAGUCCGAGUUCAACUAUGUCACCUGCGGUUCGCUUGUGAAAUUGCUGAACACGAGACACAACGUUCGGCUGCACUCCCAUGAUGUCAAAUACGGUUCAGGUAGUGGGCAGCAGUCUGUGACGGGGGUUGAGAGUGCAGACGAUGCCAACAGUUACUGGAGGAUUCGGGGGAAGCCCAACGGGACCUGCCAACGCGGCGUGCCAAUCCAGUGUGGGCAGGCCAUCCGCAUCACGCACAUGACCACGGGACGCAACCUCCACACACACCACUUCAGCUCGCCGCUGUCCAACAACCAGGAGGUGAGUGCGUUCGGUGAGAACGGCGAGGGGGAUGACCUGGACGUGUGGAAGGUGCAGUGUGACGGCUCCAUCUGGGAGCGGGACGAGGCGGUGCGCUUCAAACACGUUGGCACCGACGCCUUCCUGACCGUGACGGGCGAGCAGUACGGCCACCCCAUCCGCGGGCAGAGGGAGGUGCACGGCAUGGGCACUGCCAACCACAACAACUACUGGAAGGCUAUGGAGGGCGUCUUCAUUCAGCCCAGCCAGGAGCCACUGAGACACCAUCAUGAAGAGUUCUGAUGACAUCAACAACACUGUGCCACGACAAGCUCUGUCAUCAUCAACAACACUGCACCACGACGAGCUCUGAUGAUGUCAUCAGACAUCACAUAAUGCACAGCGAGGAUACAUCUGAAACUAACCCUAUUCCCUAUUCCAUAAUAUACACUGAGUGUACCAAACAUUAAGAAUACCUUCCUAAUAUUGAGUUUUCC